UACCGGGAAAGGACCUGUCGGGCCGAUUAGGGAAAGGAAAGGAAGAGGAAGGGCGAAGAAUCAUGACGGCUCUGGUGGUGAUGUGCAGUGGUGUAGGGAGGAAAAGCUUGACCACGGCUGCAGUCUGCCUCGCGGAUCGCGGAGCUCACACGGUGCUGUGGAGAAGAAGUUGUGCACAGUAUAAACAGGUAGCCAGCAAUGAGGAUCUGCCAAUCCCGAUGGAAAACCCCUAUAAGGAGCCCCUUAAGAGGUGUGUCUUGUGCGAGAAACGUGUGGAUUAUAAGAAUGUACAGCUUUUGUCCCAGUUUAUCUCUCCAUUUACCGGAUGCAUUUACGGACGGCACAUAACAGGUCUUUGUGGGAAGAAACAGAAAGAAAUAACGAAAGCCAUUAAGAGAGCUCAGAAAAUGGGGUUUAUGCCAGUUAUGUACAAGGAUCCGGCAUAUCUCAAAGACCCUAAAGUGUGUAACAUCAGGUACCGGGAAUAAACUGCGAAGUUACUGCCAAUAAAUCUGGAAGUGAA